GCCCGCGACCUGCCGUCGGCGGUGGGCGGCCGGUCGAGCAGAGCGCAGCCGUCGGGCAAGCUCGUCGGCGCCGGCCUGGCGUUGGUCGGCAGCACGGUGGCCGCUGCGAGCAACGUGUACUGCGAGUGGCUGGUGAAGCUGCACCCGGAGGACUCCCUGCACUUCCAGAACAUGCAGCUGUACGCGUUCGGCAUCGCCCUCAACGCAGCCACGCUCGCCCUGAAGGCGGCGAUGGAGCCCGACUCGCCCCUGCACGGCAGGCGGGGCUUCUUCACCGGCUACAACGUCUGGGUCUGGCUGAUCAUCGUGCUGGGGGUGAUCUCCGGCAUCACGGUCUCUUUUGCUUUGAAGUUCGUCGACAAUAGCAUCUUCACCGAGAAGCAGCGCGCCGUGUUCGACAUGGUGCUGCCAAUAUCCUACGAGGAGGCGCAGGGUCAUGAGUCGUGGAGCUCGCCGCCGCCCGACCCAGAGAUGCCCGAGGCCUGGCGGAAGACCCGCAGCCAGCACCUCGCCAGGCUCCGCCAGCUGUGCUCCACCCUGGAGCGGGCCGAAGAGGAGCUCGCCAGCCUCCAGGCCAGGAUCGCAGCACAGCUGGACGAGGAGGCGAAGGGCACUCGGGUCGUGCGGAUAUACAAGGUGCUUAUCCGCGAGACCAAGGAGACUGCGAAGCUCAAGGCCCAGCUGAUGGAGAUGGAGCAGAGUCAUGAGGUCAGACUACGAAGCUGCUUGCAGGCCAUCGCCCAGAAGACCUUGCAUGCAGCCCCUGAGCAACUGGAGCGCCAACGGUGGGCUCACCAACGCGAAAUGGGCGACGUCGGGAGUGCCGCCCGCCGCGAACUCGAGCACGAGCAGGCUGCCUACCGCAUGUGGCCGAGCGGGAAUCAGCAGCACCGGCAGGACGAGGCUGGCGCAGCACUGCGGCAGAUGCAGCGCCGCCUCGCCAUGCAGGCCCAGGCGGAGCUCCAGGAGCAAAGGGGGAGCUCCGAUCAGGAUGCGCGAGCGCUGGUCGAUGCCGCGAACAGGGCUCGGCAAGGCGAGGGCGAGCGCCUGCAGAUGGCACGCCGAGUGCGAGAGCGUUGCCACCAGACCCAGGCAGAGCUGGAGGGUAAAGCGUUAGCACUGGCCCAGCAGGCGCGAGCUUCGGAGGCGAAGCGCGCAGCGGAGCUGGGCCAACAUGAGGUCCAGGCAGGACAGGACAUGAUCCUCGAGCUCCAGGCCAGACAGGCGGUCAUGGAGACGCACCACGCGCAGCAGGAACGGCGCCUCGUCGAGUUUGGCAUGGGGCAGGCCGAAGCCCACCAGCAAGGCAAGCGGCGCAUCGAGGAGGAGGCGCGGCAAGCGCGCGAAGACCAGCGUCAGCACAUGGCUGCCGUCGGCCAGACAGAGCUGGAGGAACACCGUGCCAGCCGCCGCCACCUCGAGCAGCAGGUGGAGCGAGCGCAGCGCGACGCCUACCAGCACCUGCAGAGACGGCGGAGCUCAACGGCGCCAGAAACGCGCGCCCUUGCGUCGAGUGCGCUGACGGUCGAGACGCUGGAGCUUGAUAUCCCAGAUGAGAUGGCGGCUAAGCUGGCGGGCGAUGACGCAGUCAUGGGCUGCGACCAGGCGCUGGCAGCCCAGGAGGAGGACCACCAACGCGAAGAGUUCGAGCACAACUUGAUGACCAUCCCCUACCCCCACUGCGGAGUUCGAGCGCCCGCGCAACGGCGCAGCGGUCUGCGCGUGCGAGCUUGCUACGUGCUCCUUUUGCGAGAGGUCGCGCACUUCGUCGAGGCCUUCGACGACGCCCGACAGCGACUUCAGCCUGUAGGGGGAGCUAGCAACGUGACAGUCCGCAAGAUGACUCAGCAGGCGAAGCUCACCAAUCAGUGGCGAGGGCCUGUUCUACGACGGCAGUUUCACGAGCACAAGGUCCGCGUCGCAGGUGUCCAGGAAGCUCGGAAUGAUCGACGCUCGGCAACCAACAAUGGCGACUUCAUAGUCAGCAGCCACCACGACAGCUAUAACGUUGGAAACGAAAUAUGGCUCAACACCAGCAUCCCCUUGGGCGAGAACUCCAACGGGCCAUUGUUCUUCCGGCCCCGGCAUCUGCGCGAUAUCGUGUCUGAACCUCGCCUUCUAUUGGUUCGCACCGAGACGAAGGCCAUCACAUUUCGAGCUUGCGUAGCACGCGCGACGCACUCGAAGAAGAGCGACAUCGAGAGGCAGCAGUUCUGGCAACGGCCUAUUAGCAUUACCGCCCAGCACAAACCGAGCAUCAUAUUUUUGGACGCAAAUGGCAGACUUGGGAGCACGCAGUCCGACUGGGCGGACGAUGUUGCUUUUGUGCAGAACGAAGACGCCAAUAUACAUGGCCCCCCCAUGCAGCGGAGCACAAGUACAAGGGCCUCAAGGCCCUCAUGUCCAGCGGCAAUAGUCAUCACACUUGGAAGGAGGUCUGCAACAACCAGCAGGAUCGACUACUUCCUGGCUGAUCACGACCGCGCGAAUCACUUCAACGAUUCCAGCGCCAUCGAGGGCAUCGAGACCAUGGAGAAUGGAUGUCAAGAAGGCCUCGGACGAGAAGAUCACGCACCAUUGCGGGCCAGAGCGAGAUGGAAGAUGCGAUAUGCCGUACCACUGCAGCUUUUCUCCAACUAUGGACAGGCAUCAGUUCGCCAACAAGACGGCAGCGGCAGCAUGCAUUGCUCCGCUGGAAGCUACGUGGACCAAAUUGGGAGAUAUUACAACGAUCACAUUUACCACUACAUGAUCACUGCGAUGGAAGCAGCGAUCUCGGCUUUUGCAAGACAGGACAAGAAGCGCUACCAGGGAUACAUCAGCGACCACGCAGUCAAUAUCAUCGUGGACAGCAUGCUGCACCGCGUCAUGCACGAUACCUACAUGGAAACCUACAGAUUGCGUUGCCCUACGGUCCUGGCGAUCGAACAUGACCAGUUCGAAAGGUUUCUUGAAGCAUCCAAGUCGUGGGUCUCCGCUACCAAGAAAGUCAUCCCUAAGCUCGCCAACAAGGACUUCGACCCGUACCUCGAACUGCAGGGCGGCGACGAGCAGUUAGGCUACCAGAGAAGCAUCGCGCUGGCCGGUGCGAUCAUGAAGCACCACUGCCGAUACGUCAGUGCCUACGGGCGAACGUCAUUCCAACGGCCACGCCUCACGACGAACGCAAAGAAGCGCUACCUCGUGGCCUGUGGACCCCCCAAACUACUCUGCAACGCGGGCGCGUGGAUCACCAGCACGGCGGGCGACAGCAGCAUGAUCGCUGGUAUCGCUGACGAGCAGCAGACUAUCCGUGAGAUCACCGAGGCCGUCAUGGGGAACACCUACAGAAGGGGCAAAGGUAUCAUGGCCCACGCGCGCUGCGACGGCGAUAAGGCCCGCCAGGAGUCCGACCAGAUAGCCAGCUCCAUCCAUAAUAAACAGAUCUCGAAUGUCAAUAACGACGACAUCCAAGCGGGUCAGCGAGGACAGCGGGCGCCAUGGGGAGCGCGGAAGGCAAUGCCAAACGCCAAACCAUACAUAAUGGUGAUCAACGAGUUCUUCAGGCCUGCAGUGUACAUCGGAUAUUUGUGCAUGGCCCACGGCAUCCAGUGUUGCACGCGCGAGAACCGCGACGAGCUAAAUAUGGCGGAGCACCUGGGUAGUCGCGCAGACUGCAGAUCGCAGCAAGGCGGACAACAUGGCUACUUCAAGUACGACGGCGCCAGCGAUCACAACUGCAACCAGCGGGGCAAAGGCCUCGGGGGUGGCAGCGACAGCCAACGCGACCAGGGCCUCCCCGACGACAGCGACGACGUGAAGGCGGGGAGCCACGCCGUGGAGGAUGAGGAGGGCAAGGAAGCGCCGCUGGCGCCGAUGGGCGGGGCGCGGGGCUGGCCCGCGAAGAAACGCAGCAACCGCCCGAAGAGGGGCCGCAGGGGCUUAUGA